AAAAUUGAUCACUAUCAUUAUAUAAAAGUAAGUCGAAAUCAAAUCAAAUCAUAGUUCGAUUACAGUUCUCGUCUAGUUAACUUCACAAUCCAAACAAUCAAAAUGUUCACCAAAGUUCUUUGCAUUGCUGCCCUGGCCAUCUCGUAUGCCUCUGCCAAGCCUGGAAUCGCCCCGAUUGCCUACAGUGCCCCGGUUGUGGCCGGAGUUGGUCCAGCCGUAGUAACAGCUCAAAGUUCCCAGUUGGUGGCUCGUAACUACAAUGGAAUCGCUCCACUCGCCUACAGUGCUGCGCUGACUGCUCCAGUGGCUGCUGCUGCUCCCCUGGCUUAUGCUGGUGCUCCAGUUGCUCGCCUGGCUGCUGCUCCAUUGGCCGCUGCUGCUCCUCUGGCGUACACCGCUCCAGCUGUGGCUCCUUUCGCUCGCACCGUUCUUCCUGCUGCUGCCUAUGCUGCUCCUUAUGCUGCCGCUGCUCCACUGGCUGCCCCAUAUGUUGCUCCUUACGCUGCUCCCUAUGCUGCCCCCUUUGCUGCUCCAUAUGCCGCCCCAUACCGAGCUCUUUCUGCCUACCGGUACAACCCAUAUCUGCUGUAAGAAGUUAGCAGCAACACCCUUUAGCUUUUGAAAAUGUGAUGCAUUUGUUACCUACCAUAAUUACGUGUUUUGACUGAUCUGCAAUGUAUGAAACAAUAAAUA